AUGAUCCCAGUCAGUCUCGCUUUGGCUCCCUUUUUGCAGACAGUGUGCUCAACUGUGCCAAUAAGCCGAAAAUAUGGGUGACAAGGACCAACUUAUCCUAGACGAACCCGUCGAAGAAGGAGUGAAAUCCUAUUCUAGAAGGUCUGGCAAAAAACAGAAAGGGUACUUUCAAGUUCCCUGGUACUUUGCCGGUGGCAUUGUUCUUUUUUGGGGGCUGCUCUUCGUCGCGGUAGUGAAGCCACUGUUCUACCGACUUCCCGAACCACUGACCGUCGAGGAUGCCUCAAAGGGAGUCUUCAUUGCCGAACGUGCCCAUGCCAAUCUGUACGAAUUUGAAGCCAUCGGUACCAAGGUGGUCGGCAGCGAUGGAAACGAGCAUAAGACUGUCCAGUUCCUCCUCAAAGAGUUGAAUUUGAUCAAGGAAAAUAUGCAGACGGAUUAUUUUGACAUGGAAAUCGAUCUGCAAUAUGCCUACGGUGCGUAUGUGAAAUGGAACCUGGUCAACAUGUAUCAGGGCAUCCAGAAUGUCGUGGUGAAGCUCACUCCCAAGGGCAGUACCAGCGAAAACUACAUUCUGGUGAACAGUCACUUCGACUCCCAGCCCACUAGUCCAUCCGCCGGUGACGAUGGCCACAUGGUGGUCUCCAUUCUGGAAGUGCUGCGCGUGCUGUCGUCGUCCAAACAAUCGUUCGAGCACCCAAUUGUCUUCCUGAUCAACGGAUCCGAGGAGAACUCGCUGCAGGCCUCCCACGGAUUUAUUGCAUACCACAAAUGGGCCAAUAACUGCAAGGUUGUUAUCAAUCUGGAUGCAGGUGGCAGUGGAGGCCGCGAACUUAUGUUCCAGACAGGACCAAACAACCCAUGGCUAGUCAAUAUAUACAGGAAGGGCGCUAAGCAUUACUUCUCCACCACCAUGGCUGAGGAAAUCUUCCAGACAGGUCUGGUGCCCUCUUAUACCGAUUUUAAUAUUUUUGUGGAGUACGGAAACCUUAUUGGUUUGGAUAUUGGCCAGUGCAUCAAUGGAUUCGUCUAUCACACCAAGUACGAUCGCAUUGAUGUGAUUCCCCGGGCUUCUCUUCAAAACACUGGAGACAACCUUCUCGGUCUGCUUCGAACUCUGUCCAAUGCCACCGAGUUGCGUGACCUCAGCGCGAACCCGAAUGGAAACACCAUCUUCUUUGACGUCCUGGGACUGUACCUCAUCAGCUAUUCGGCCGAUACUGGCGUGAAGCUUAACUAUGCCGUGGCUGCAGCCGCCAUUAUCCUGGUCUACGUAUCCUUGCUCCGCAUUGCUGAUAGGUCAAAUGUCGGCUCCGAACAGGUCUUGAGCUCCUUCGUCUUGGUCCUAGUUGUCCAGGUGGUCGCCUUUGUUUUGGGUCUGGCCCUGCCUAUGGUGGUGGCAUAUGGAUUGGACAAGUACGGCUUAUCCCUCAGCUAUUACGCCACCCCAUCACUUUUGGUCGGCCUGUAUGUGUGCCCGAGUCUCAUUGGACUCGCUCUGCCCAGUUUCAUCUACCUGAAGCUGAAGAGUAAUGAUAAGGUUUCGUUUGCCCAACAAGUUCAGAUGACUCUUCAUGGACACGCCGCUGUGCUCUCCGUCUUCUGCAUUGCUAUUAAUUUCUAUGGACUACGCACCACCUACGUUGUAACAUGGACACUGGUCUUUUACGUAAUCCCCUUGGCUUUCAAUCUGCUUACCACUUUGCAUGAUCGUGGCUUUUCGUGGACGGGCAUCCUGAAAAUUGUCCAAGUAGCUCCGUUCCUGUACAACAGCUACCUCUUCUACUGCUUCAUUGUGAUACUUACUCCAAUGAUGGGCCGCUUUGGACAGGACACCAAUCCAGACAUAAUCAUUGGUGCUUUGACAGCCUUGGGAACCAUACUUUCUAUGGGUUUUUUGAUUUUACUGGUUAAUAUAUCCCGUCGAUCCGGUUUCGUUAUCCUGACUCUGUUCGCCGUGGCCGCCGCCUCUGUGUCUUUUGCUGCUUCCGAUUUGGGAUUCCCCUACCGCGCCAAGACCAACGUGCAGCGAGUUCCCUACUUGCAAGUGCGCCGGGUGUUCUACGAGUACGAUGGAACCGUCAGCAAGGAUGAGUCCGGAUAUCUGUUCAACUUUCAGGAUCGUCGCGGAGUUACUCCGCUGGAGGACUCUAAUGUGGAUCUGACUGGCCUGGUCAACAUGACGUCCGAUUGUGCGAAGUACAUGAUGUGCGGCAUGCCCCUUUACGAUCACCGUUGGGUAGAGGCGAUGGAUGCUACCAUGUGGUUGCCUCGACAGAAUCCCGUCUGGACCCCAGCGGAACCGAUCCUGGAGCUUCUCAGCAGAACAGUCCUGCCCGAUGGCAAGACCAUUCGCUUUGAGUUCAACUUGACCUGCACGGACCACACCAGCAUUUUCAUCCAGCCCAACGAGGAUGUGACAGUCAGCGGUUGGUCGUUCCUCAAGGAAUACUUAACUACCGUCACGCCUCCGUAUCACAUUUACUACUCCUACGGAAUCGACAAUACUCCACUGAAAUUCUCCAUGGAUCUAACGAAACCCGAUGCCGACUUUAAUGUUCCACUUUUUGAAAUUGGCAUUUCGGCCCAGUAUAUGCACGUUGAUGGCGAUGCAGAAGCCGUGGCGUUUGCUAAAACUUUCCCCGACUACGCCGUCACUAUUCAGUGGCCAGCUAUCUAUAAGAAAUAUGUAUAUUAAAUUGUUAUCAUAUAACAAAACACAAAAUAAACAAAAAC